CUCUUACUCUCUCUCUUUGCAUCCUCUUGUCUCUCCUCCUCACCCUUUCUAUCUCUUUCUUCCUGUCCUUCACUCCUCUUCAGCUGCCAGAAGCUCGCAGACUCAGCUCUCCUCUUCCAACAACUGACGAUUCAGAAGCACCCCGGACAAAGACCUUGCAAUAGAGCCAAGAUGGCAAUGAGCAGCAUCCUCAACGCCGAUGACAUCAAGAAAGCUCUCGAUGCAUUUGCAGUUGCUGACUCUUUUGACCAUAAGAAGUUUUUCGAGAUUGUCGGUCUGAAGUCCAAGUCCCCUGAUGAUGUGAAGAAAGUCUUCACGGUGCUGGAUGCUGACAACAGCGGCUUUAUAGAGGAGGAAGAGCUGAAAUUUGUCCUGAAGGGCUUUGCCAAGGAUGGCAGAGACCUGACAGACAAAGAAACCAAAACAUUUUUAAGAGCGGCUGACAAGGAUGGAGACGGCAAGAUUGGAGUUGAUGAAUUUGCUGCCCUUGUGAAAGAAUAAACAGCCACCCAUCAUGAUGAAGUAUAGCGCCCCCCCCAGCCCUCACCAUCCUGACUCCAUGCUCACACUCUUUCCUAUUAAACACUGCACCUCACCCCCACCUCCCCCCUUGCUUUCAUUGCUCCUUCCCUUUAACUUCAGCAUCACUGCUGUCUUUACAAAGUGCAGAACUGCAGUGGAGUAGGCUGUAUUACGCAGCCCAUAGCCCCCCCAACCUCCCUAAAGUCGAUUUAAUUUUGCCUUUUUAUACAAACUGGUCAUGUUUCUGUUCAUGUAUAGAUAUAAAACACUCCUGCAGGAAUAAAGCUAUAUACUUUUCUUUUUAAAGAACAUGUACUGUAGAUAUUAACAGAGAACAUUUCCUUUCGUCUAUUUUCACGUUUUUCUCUGCCUGUUCUUCUUCUUACUUUCUUUGCUCUUUCUUCUUUUCUUCUAUCAACGUCAUGUCUGGCUCAGUGAACCUUCCUGUUCCUCCUCCCCUUUGCCCUCUCUCAAACCAUCAUCCCAUCUGCUAACCAUCUAUCACUUUAUCCUCUGAUAAUGAGCUGUUGUAAACAAAACCAAUGACAGAAGUCAAGCUGUGAAAGAUUAAAAUAAAAAUGUAAA